AUGAGUAGAAGUACAUCCUGGGGUAAUAAAAAGCAAGGAGAAAUUCCAAAAUCUACAUCAGCAGAUAUGCUUACGAAUGAAGGAGAUUUCUUACAAACGAUGUAUAACGAACGUAUUAUUUCAUAUUUUCCUUCACCAAAAUCAGAUUUAAACAAUAAAUUCGUGAAUAAUUCUCAACCAUCGAACAAUAAUAAACAAACAAAGGCUUCAGGUAUUUCUACCCAAAAGCCAUCAUUCUCAAGCGGAAUUGGUUCGAAACAGCCAACUGCCGGACUUUCUGGAAUUGGCGCCAACAAACCACCAGGAUUUUCACACGAUAAAGGAGCUACUGGUAACAAACCAUCAUUAGGUGGCAUCAGUAGUUCUACAAUCAAGGUAGGCCCAGCAGCUCCAUCAUUAGGCGGACUUUCAAAAUCUUCAGGCUCUACUUCAUUAUCUGCUACAGCGCAAGAUAAGCCAGAAGCUAAACCAGCUCUUUCAGGUGGAAUUUCUAGCAUCGCUAAACCAGCCGGAGCUCCUGCGAUCGGCGGUCCUGCUAAACCUGCAUUUAGGCCAACAGGAACACCACUUGGCGGAAAUACAGGUCUUAAGUCACAAACUCCUUCAAUUGGUGGAAAUACAGGACUUAAAUCAACUCCACUUAGCGGAACUACAGGUUUUAAACCACCAACUUCGCUUGGUACAGGUACUGGAAUUAAGCCAACAACUCCACUUGGUGGAAGUACAGGUCUUAAACCAGCAGAAAAUUCAACUUUAGCGAAACCAGGUGGAUUUUCAUUUGGAAAGAAAGCAGAAACUACAGAAAAAACUCCAUCAAAUACAGAUACAGCAGCAGCCACAGAUAAAACACCUUCAAAUACAGAAAAAGUGCCAUCUAACGCCGAGGGAACUUCCUCAACCGCCGAAGCCGAUAAAAAGGUCAAUUUUACAGCCAAGCCCCCAUCCAUUACACCCACCGCAGGAGCAUCACCAUUCAACGCCGGCGCAUCCAAGACAUCAGUAUUUGCAUCACCAGCUAAACCAGCAAGCUCUGCAACAUCUACACCAGCUGCAGGAGCAACAGCAGGAGCAGCUUCAUCGUUUAGUUCCCAGAACAAGACCAAGAGUGGCCCGAAGAACAAAGGAAGCGGUGAAUGGUUUGGCUUCGAAUCAGUUACAACACCAAUUACUACUACAAAUAAGUCAGUAUUUGGUACCACAACAGCAUCAAAGUUCGGUGCUAAAUCUGCUACAUCUACUACCACAGGAACAACAACAGCUGCAAGUACCGCUAAUAAACCUUGGGCUGGUAGUGGCGGAAGUGUUUUCGGAAACAGAACUAAUACAGCAGGAUCAUCUACUCUAUUUGGUGCCAGACCUGCUGGAGGCGGCGCUUUCGCAUCUAACCCAUUUAGUGGCGCUGGUGCAACGAAUAAUCCUUUUGGUCCAAAAAAGUAA